AUGCGGCUAACCUUCUGCGGCAUGAAGAACGGUGUGCUACGCCUGAUUUUUGCACUAGACGAGAAGUCGAUGGAGCGUCCUACAAUUGGGGAAGGUAGAAUUGUGAUCCAAGGAUCAAGAGUCCCGGGCGGGCACUCCAGAUUCUAUAACAGGACAUUAUUUGGAAGAUGGAACGCAGAAGAGACCAAAAAGGAUGGCGGGCACGUACGAAGGACAUGGGAUCACCUAGCAUCCGAAUUUCUAAUGUCCUACGAUUUACACUCUAUGAUGGCAUAG